UUAUUCAAGAAAGCAAUAAACCUUUCUUCAGAUAUUUCUCCUUCUUUUCAGUCUCUAACAUGAUCUAUUCUGGAUCUGAAGCUUUGUCGUUGGGUUCUCUUCUCUUACAAAUUGGAUUGUUUAUUCUCAGGCACAAUCUGAGAGAUUUUUCUAGUAUUGUGAGUUCUAUUGAUUCUAUGGCGAGUUUUGAAAGAACUGUGACUCAUCCUGCUGCUACAAUGGUUGCCAAAGAGGUGAUAGACCAACCUAUUGUCAACCUUGAAUCUAUAAAACGGGUGAUAUUAAAUCUUUUUAAUGCUCCUACUGCCUUAUCUAUUGCUCCAGAUACAUUUGAUGAGCUCCAUGAUGUCUCUCCACAUGCUCCACCUAGUUCUAUAGAAGAUGCUCUGUCUGCUGGUAAUGCAUUAGGCAAUGGUGAGCCUUCUUCCCUUCCCUCUUCUGUAUCACAUAUUGGAUCUAGCCCUGUUGAGCCCGAAAAUGAUAUCCUUAAUCCACCUUCAAGUUGUCCUACUUGGGUAAGUUGUAAAUGGGUGUACAAGAUCAAAACUCGAUCUGAUGGUUUUGUGGAGUGUUACAAGGCUUGUUUGGUUGCUAAAGGAUUUACUCAAGAAUAUGGGAUUGAUUAUGAGGAAACCUUUGCACCUGUUGCUCAUCCUACUUCAGUUCAUAGUUUGAUUGCUAUUGCUGCUACAAAAGGAUGGAAAUUGUUUCAGAUGGACGUGAAAAAUGCCUUCCUAAAUGGUGAUCUUACAGAGGAAGUUUACAUGCAACCACCUCCUGGACUUGAGCAUCCUCCAAACAAAGUUUGUCAAUUGAAGUGAACUCUAUAUGGUUUGAAACAAGCACCUCAAGCUUGAUUUGCCAAGUUUAGCACCACCAUCAGUGAAUUUGGUUUUAGUUCUAGUCCUCAUGAUACUGCGUUGUUCAUACGUAAGACUAAUCAUGGUAUGGUUCUAUUACUUCUUUAUGUAGAUGAUAUGAUCAUUAUUGGGGAUGAUAUUUCAAGUAUUCAUGAUCUUAAGCAAUUUCUCAAUCAUAAGUUUGAGAUGAAAGAUCUUGGUGUUUUGAGUUAUUUCUUGGGACUUGAGGUCACUUCUUCUAAUGAUGGUUAUCUUUUCUCUCAAACAAAAUAUGCCUCUGAUC